AUGACAUCAGGAAGCCAACUUAGGAACCCUAACAUCGAGAAGGCUCUUCUUUUCCACAAUGUUCUCUGGCAGGAACUCAAAAUGAAUAAACAACCUCAUGUGUCACGAAGACGAACCACUGGCAACAAAACAGACAGCUAUUCCUGUGCUGUUACAGGAUAUGAGGAUUUCCCCUCUCCUUCAGUUUAUGGUCCAAAGCUUCCCUCUGUGUCACUGAGUCCCUCUGCUGAGAUAGUGGAGGGCAGUUCAGUGACUCUGACCUGUAGCAGUGAUGCUAACCCAGCAGCUAAAUACACCUGGUACAAGAAGAAUGUAAAUCCAGACCUUCAACCUCUCAGUAAAGAACCACAGCUUGUCUUCAGCUCCAUCCAGUCCUCUGACUCUGGAGAGUAUUACUGUACAGCUGAGAACCAGCUGGGGAAGAGGACAUCUGAAUACAUCUUUAUUGAUGUGAAAUAUGCUCCAAAGCUUCCCUCUUUGUCAGUGAGUCCAUCUGCUGAAAUAGUGGAAGGCAGUUCAGUGAAUCUGACCUGUAGCAGUGAUGCUAACCCAGCAGCUAAUUACACCUGGUACAAGGAGAACCAAACACUGCUUCAAAGGUCAGACGGACAUUUUCAUUUCACCUCCAUCAGUUCUGAGGACAGAGGGAUCUACUGCUGCAAGUCUGAGAAUGAAUAUGGACUGAUCAAAUCUUCAUUUCUAUUCAUUGAUGUCCAGUAUGCUCCAAAGCUUCCGUCUGUGUCAGUGAGUCCCUCUGGUGAAAUCAUUGAGGGCAGUUCAGUGACUCUGACCUGUAGCAGUGAUGCUAACCCAGCAGCUAAUUACACCUGGUACAAGCAGAAUGUAAAUCCAGACCUUCAAGCUCUCAGUAAAGAACCACAGCUUGUCUUCAGCUCCAUCCAGCCCUCUGACUCUGGAGAGUAUUACUGUACAGCUGAGAACCAGCUGGGGAAGAGGACAUCUGAAUACAUCUUUAUUGAUGUGAAAUAUGCUCCAAAGCUUCCCUCUGUAUCAGUGAGUCCCUCUGCUGAGAUAGUGGAGGGCAGUUCAGUGAAUCUGACCUGUAGCAGUGAUGCUAACCCAGCAGCUAAUUACACCUGGUACAAGGAGAAUGAAGACUCACCAAAAGCAUCAGGACAGAUCUUCACCAUCACUGAUGUCAGACCUGAACACAGUGGGAAUUAUUACUGUGAAGCCCAGAACAGAAGAGGACGUCAUAACUCCACCUUACAUCUGACUGAAGAACAAAGCUCUGAGCUCCACGACUGA